CUGCGGCGGAGACGGCGACAGCGGCAGUGGCGCCAUGGCAGGGCUCACAGGGAACCUGUGUGCUGGGAACAGCCUCUGUGUGCCCCGCCCGACAUGGCUCAGCCAUCCCGACAGCCUUCUGGACGGCAGCACCAAAGCCCGGUCCCCCCCCAAAAAAGUUCCAUCUUAAGUGCUUCUGCCAAGGGAUAUCUGCUGCCUUGGUGAUCCUGGGCUGACAGCCAGAGAGCACACCGAUUCAGCUCCUGCAGAGUGAGGGUUGAAGAAAGCAGAGGGCAGCUGCCUACACCCGCUGACUUCCAUUAGGUCGGUUCCUGCAGCGGUGCCCGGUGGCCUGGGUGAAGGCCCUGCCCAGGAGAGAUCAUGUAUUGCCUCCAGUGGCUGCUGCCUGUUCUCCUCAUCCCCAAGCCGCUCAACCCCGCCCUGUGGUUCAGCCACUCCAUGUUCAUGGGCUUCUACCUGCUCAGCUUCCUCCUGGAAAGGAAACCAUGCACGAUUUGUGCCUUGGUUUUCCUGGCAGCGCUGUUCCUCAUCUGCUAUAGCUGCUGGGGAAACUGUUUCCUGUACCACUGCGCUGAUUCCCCGCUUCCAGAAUCGGCGCACGACCCUGGCAUUGUGGGCACCUAACAGCCCACAUAGUUAGCUUUCUAAGGAAGCAGAAGACGGGAGGAGAGGCAUUGACAUAGAUCAUAAAGCAUUGGAGUUUAAAAUCCUGCAGCCCCGCGGGUACCACAUUCCUGACGGCGCCUUUUUGGCCUGUGAUGUUUUAUCCUUAUAAUGUGAAUAAUGGCACUGACCGGUGCUUUUAAUGUAGUCCUGUAGUUCUGGGUGGUCUUGUGGUUGUUUGUGUUCUGUUCCCAUCUAGGUUCCAGCUGUCAGGAUGAUCACUCCCCUCGUCUCAUUCCUGCGAGGAGUCUGUGCCCAUCCUGGCCGACAACCUCGGGGUGACCUAGGCAGAUAAAAUGCCCCGCCUCUGUCACCCCUAUGAACCCUUCCUUGUCAGGGUCUCCUUCCUUCCCUUCCCACCAUGUUAUCGACUCCUUAACCCCUCUCCUGGUUUCCUGUUAUUUCUCUCCUGCCCUUUCCCUGUUUGGGGAGCACCUGCUUAAGACAGGGCUCACUUUUGCACUUAUCUCGAAUUUGAAGAGAUUGCUGGUGCCCGAGAGCCUCGCUUUUUCGCCCGUUUCCCCCUCCGUCCUCAUCAGCAGUUUUGGCUGUUUGUUGUCCGUAAACUCCAGUAUUUUCUUGAAUCCAUUUUUCAGAAAGAACAGCGGGAGUUGUUGCUCUUUCAUCUGAAUAUCCAGGUCCAUGACUUCCCAGCUCUGCCUCACAUCCCUUGCCCUGGCCCCGUCCUGAGGAGCGGGGCUCCCGAGCAUGCUCUGCAGGGUUGAGGGAGGGGCUGUGUGUUCACCUACAUCCAGCCGUCCCAAUUGAGUGAAUGGGAGAGUACAUGGGAAGAGUGCAUGCGUGUCUCAUAUCGCCCUUGAUUUGAUCCCUAUGAUAGGUGUUUGGAUAUUUUUGGUGUGCCCUGUGUGUGUGUGUGUGCCUGUGUGUGUGUGUGUACAAAUACAUGUGUAUAUUCCUUGUUGAGAAGCUUUAUUGACUCUGUUCUGUUUUCGAGGUUUAGCAAUAGCUAGUUCUAGUGGGUGCUGCUACAAUUUUUCUUUAGCAUGGGUAUUACAGCGUGACUGGCACACUGGGCUCCGAGGGGCUUCAGACAAGACUGGAGUGCACUGGCCAAGAGUCUUCGCCAAGAGUCCUCGUUCCUGCACACCGCGACUGUACCUUAUGAAGAAUGCACAGGAAGAUUCGGUGACUGGGCACUUGCUUUCCCCUUUUUCUGCGCGUCAGUCACAAGUACCGGCAAAUGGGACUUUUGGUCUGGCCCCUGCCCAGUGGGCUUUGGCAUGGAUGUGCUCCAGUCAGAACCAUCCAUCUUCUUGGGGCCUGAGGGGUCAGGGAGGGGGCGGCGGGAAGGGAGGUGGGCCAGCCAAGGACCGAACUGGAGGCACUCCAUCUAAGGAAUGAGACCGUGAGACAACCCUUGUGAAACAUUUGGAUUGCUAUUCUGGAGCUUUUAUUUCUGGUGUGUUCAUUGCACAGCUGUUUGAAAUGUUUAAUAAAGCUUUAUAAACUUUA